UGUGUGUGUGUGAGAUUAAUUUAAAUGUCCCUGAGUGUUUCUCUGUAAAGUUGUAGAGUUGUAGCACUGCCACAGUUGAUUGUAAUAAGAAGAUAUUUUAGUUUUCCCGCCAUUAUUCGGCCGUAUGAAUAUAAAAUCAUCUAAACAUUAAAAUGAAGCCUAACCCUUUCCUCAGAUCUGGUCUCCUUCAUCUUUAAUCUGAGUUAUUAUUUCUGAUCUGUCUUCCCUUCAGACUCCGACACACAGAUACCAACGUCUACAUGAUGAGAGAUAUCAGAUUAUUAUAUAGGAAACAUCACGUUUGGUUGAGGGAGUUAACCCCCAAUACACUCACGUUCUAACGUUAGAGAACGUUCUAACGUUACAGCAGCACGUUCUAACGUUAGAGAACGUUCUAACGUUACAGCAGCACGUUCUAACGUUGGAGAACGUUCUAACGUUACAGCAGCACGUUCUAACGUUAGAGAACGUUCUAACGUUAGAGAACGUUCUAAUGUUACAGCAGCACGUUCUAACGUUAGAGAACGUUCUAACGUUAGAGAACGUUCUAAUGUUACAGCAGCACGUUCUAACGUUAGAGAACGUUCUAAUGUUACAGCAGCACGUUCUAACGUUAGAGAACGUUCUAACGUUAGAGAACGUUCUAAUGUUACAGCAGCACGUUCUAACGUUAGAGAACGUUCUAACGUUAGAGAACGUUCUAAUGUUACAGCAGCACGUUCUAACGUUAGAGAACGUUCUAAUGUUACAGCAGCACGUUCUAACGUUAGAGAACGUUCUAAUGUUACAGCAGCACGUUCUAACGUUAGAGAACGUUCUAAUGUUACAGCAGCACGUUCUAACGUUGGAGAACGUUCUAACGUUAGAGAACGUUCUAAUGUUACAGCAGCACGUUCUAACGUUAGAGAACGUUCUAACGUUAGAGAACGUUCUAACGGUACAGCAGCACGUUCUAACGUUAGAGAACGUUCUAAUGUUACAGCAGCACGUUCUAACGUUAGAGAACGUUCUAACGGUACAGCAGCACGUUCUAACGUUAGAGAACGUUCUAACGUUAGAGAAUGUUCUAAUGUUACAGCAGCACGUUCUAACGUUAGAGAACGUUCUAACGGUACAGCAGCACGUUCUAACGUUAGAGAAUGUUCUAACGUUAGAGAACGUUCUAAGGUUACAGCAGCACGUUCUAACGUUAGAGAACGUUCUAACGCUACAGCAGCACGUUCUAACGUUAGAGAACGUUCUAACGUUAGAGAACGUUCUAAGGUUAGAGAACGUUCUAAUGUUACAGCAGCACGUUCUAACGUUAGAGAACGUUCUAACGUUAGAGAACGUUCUAACGUUACAGCAGCACGUUCUAACGUUAGAGAACGUUCUAAGGUUACAGCAGCACGUUCUAACGUUAGAGAACGUUCUAACGUUAGAGAACGUUCUAAGGUUACAGCAGCACGUUCUAACGUUACAGCAGCACGUUCUAACGUUAGAGAACGUUCUAACGUUACAACGUGCUGCUGUAACCUUGUUGUUAUGAUGUUAGAAUAUCUUGUUAUUACAGUAAUCUGUUGCCGUAGUAACAUGUCACUGAUGCAGGCAGCAAUACGUUUCCAUAGCAACAUAGAUGAUCUGUUUAAGUGAAUAUUAAUGUUGGUUCCUCUUUUCUGUCUGAGUGAAGUCAUGUGACUGGAAAUAUCUCUGCAGAUGUUCCAGAUGUUUAACUUAUGAAACUGAUGUUGAAGAAAAUAAAUGUUGAUAUUUGGGA